CACACACAUACACAGGGUGACACAUUCGGGCUGCGCACGCCCAUCUCAGUGUAAUAACGCCGCUGCGAGACAUAAACAAUGAGGAAGGAGCAACCGCGGUUGAGGAAAUCGUGCACAUGUCUGAGGAUUUAAAUCAACAAUCAAUUCAUUUCUCUUGAAGAAAGAGGACGCGCUUCAUUAGCGGGGAAUCGAAAGCACAUAUUCUUUCCUGUCAAUAAAUUCGGCGCCAGACGAGGAGGGCCACUUUUUUUAUUUUUUUGUUUGUGCUUCGAGUGUUUUUGUAGAAACAGUACUGGAUGUUUUUGAGCAAGAACUGAGGCUUUUGUGGCCGCGCGAGGACGUUUCGUAAUGAUAGAAAACUGAAAGGAAGGAAGGAUUUUUUUUCUCUAACCUCCGUCUACAGUCGCCUGCCGUUUUCCUGCUGGUGGAGUGUUUGACUUUUUUCUUGCCUGAGCGGUUUGACUCAUGGUUGUGAGCUCGACUUUGUCCCCUUUUCCCCCUCCUUCUUCUCCAGCCUGCCCGAUCGUUUGAUUCCAGAGCAACAGAGGGAUUAAAACCUUCGUGCUCGCAGCGCCUGUUUGUGUGAGCCUGGCUGGGUUACAUUGUGAGAGGAACGGUUGUGGCAAGAAAGAAGGCUAUAAAUAGCGCAUGCAAUUCUCGAAAACUAUCACAAGUGGUGCAUCAGCUUGUUGGAGCAGACGGAAUCAGAUACCCUGCGUGUGAUAUCUGCGCCUUUAUUAUUCCUCCAUGCGCAUUCGAUUGGUCUAAAAGAGCAAAGUUGAUGCGUAAUUUCGCAUUUUUCCGCUCCUGAAGCGCAGAAGACGGGGCUCGAUCUCUGAUGGAUUAUGGUGAUUUAAUUACGAAACUAUCCGCGGACAGACUGCUCUGGAAAGGGUCUGGUCUUUUGUGCGUGGAUUGAAAUGGAUCCGUGCGUCAACGCUCGCCUGGACCGGAUUGUAAUGUUGUGAUCCCCGCACAUGCUUGGAUUUACUGCGUUCAAGGCUUUAUUGGAUGCAUUCUGCACUUCUUUCUGAAUACGCCCAUCCCGUACAGCCCGCGAUCCGGACCUCCUUGUGAGGUUCUAAGCCUGCAGACUCCUAAGGGAACCGAUUCGUCACCCCCUGCUCGGUGCUAGCAACCGAUGUAGGAUUUCGACAUGCCAUGCGCUGACGACCCCAAAGGCGGACGAUUAUGACUGCAUCGGCGAAUUGGGUGGCUAACGGGGCAAGCCUUGAGGACUGCCACUCCAACAUCUUCUCUCUGGCGGAGUUGACUGGCAUUAAAUGGCGCUGCUACAGCUUCCGCAGUGGGGGAGAGUUCGGGCCUUUGAUCUCGGCCCCGGCCCAGGACGACCCGGUCCUGCGCAGCUUCAUGCGCUGCGUGCACGCCAACCUGCUGUGCGUGUGGCGGCGCAAAAUCAAGCCCGACGCCAAGGAGUUGUGGAUCUUCUGGUGGGGAGAGGAGCCCAACCUCUCCGAUGUCAUUCAUCAUGAGCUGGAAGUGGCCGAGGAGGGGCUUUGGGAGUGUGGACUAUCCUACGAGUGCAGGACCCUCCUGUUCAAGGCGAUACACAACCUGCUGGAAAGGUGUUUGAUGGAUAAAGGCUUUGUAAGGAUUGGGAAAUGGUUCUUCAAGCCACAUGACCUAGAAGAAAAGUCUUUGGGCAACAGCGAGCACCUCUCGUGCUGCUUCUCCUUCUUCCUUCACGGGGAGAGCAACGUGUGCACGAGUGUGGAGAUUGUCCAGCACCAGGCUGCGUACCACAUCACAGAUCACCACAUCCGCCUCGCACAGACCUCUACCACCCCAGUUCAGGUUGUGCUGAGUCCGUACAGUCUGAGUGGCACUCUGACCGGUCAGGCGUACAAGAUGAGUGACCCGGCAGUACGCAAGCUGAUGGAAGAGUGGAGCUACUUCUAUCCUAUGGUUCAUCCACAAAAAGAGGGAAGUGGUGAGAAGGAGAAAGGAGAAGCUGGUCAGGCUGGUGAUCGCUGCAGUCAUGUGGCAGUGGAGGUCAUCGUAGGGGGAGUAAGGAUGACCUAUCCAGCUGCUUUUGUGCUGAUUACCCAAGGAGACCUACCAGCGGAGCAGCCUCCUGUUUCUGUGGCACAGGGCCUCAGCAAGGAGCCAAACAACUGCAGUGUGCCGCUGACUCCACCGACAUCCCCUGAGCAGCCAUGCUCUGCGGACAGCGGCUUUGUGACCUCCGUCUCUAGUGUCCCCACGCCAGACAGCAGCACAGGCAUCACCAGCAUUAGCCCAAAGCAUUCUGGGAAGAAGCUUACGUGUCAUGUAGUCCACCAGGCCUGGAAGGAGUGCUAUCUCAACCAGCCUCAGCAUCUGUACGUGCAACGAGCGACUGAGCUAACGCAGAGGAAGGAAGCACCAAACGGAGUUACCACGUGGAAUUUUAAUGAUUUGGGAUCAAGAGCGCCCUGCAGCUGUUCCAGGUUAAAGCAGCAAAAGUUAAACAUGGCCAUCACCUCUGCGACAAACACUCAGACUAUAGCCAGCUCCACACAGUCCUCUGGGCCGUCGUUGUAUCCGCCUUCGCUCCCUAAACACAAGACCAGCGACAAGACAGAAAAAGCAGACAAACAGUCCAAGAAACCCUCCGUGAUCCCUUUUCACCAUCGCUUAACUGUCACGCAGGAUGGCCCCUUGGAACAGGACUCACCUGGAGGGCCUCAAAUGGGUGGUAUUGUUGCACUCGAUCCACCCAUGGAGACUCUAGCCUCUAUGCCAACCUGCAAAUAUUCCAAAUCCAUAUCGAAUGGCAGGAAACCGCCAGAGUCCCUUCUUCAUUCACCAAUGUCUCCCCUUCCACCCACUCUGAGUCCGCACCCCCGGAUGCAGGAUCCAGAGGGUUUAGAUGCGCCUCUGGACGUUACGGUGUGUCCAGAUGGGGGAUCGGGAGUGGGAGUAAUCACCAGCGAGACAGCCGUGUACACCGAUCUUCUCAGGCAGCGGGAGAACGGGGUCGGCUGGUGGAGAGGCUUCAGGACUCCCAGAACUGAUAAGACGGAGUUCUGUCCACCUGAGCUUCCCUUAGACAACCUGGAGGAAAUGAACUCAGAGGUGACUGCAGAUUCAGUUCCUCUCAAAAGACUCUACACACAGACUCACAAGAGGUUUAAAAUCUCAGAAGAGAGAGUGAGGGACCACAUUAAAGCACUCGGCUUGUUUGAGCAGCCGGGUGUGGAGGCGCUGAGGGAGAAUGGCGAAGAUCCCUACGACUUCAAGGAAGGAGACAUCGAGUAUACUUUCUCUUCUUCCAAAAGGUUAAAGGGUCCAGGUCGAGAACCAAGCAAGAAAGCCAAGGGAGAAGAGAUCACCAAUGAUGCAUCAACUGUGCCUGAUGGAAAAGACGCUAUGUCCAUUUUUAACUCUGCUCCAAAAUCAGGUAAAGAUGUCAGCAGCACUACCACUCUCCACACUUCAGUUUACCCAUUACCCAGAGUGCUGCUGCAGCUUCUCUUCAAUAUUUUUUUUGAUAUUUUUUCCCUGAUGUUUUUUAUUUUAUUUUUUUCGCCCAUUUCAGACGAAUCGGGUCAAGAUGAUGCUGCUGCUAAAGCUAAUCCUUCUCUGACCAGAGAAAAAGAUCUGGUGGUCAACAUCUCUGAUCUGGAUAACAUAUUUGAUGAAGAUGAAGAAGAGUUGGGCACUGUUUACCCGAACCAGCAUCAGACCAAGCUACUCGUGCCAACAGAAGAUCGUCCUGCUGGCAAAGAAGGGAGAGUUAAUGUCCCUUAUCCAUCAACAGUCGCAGAUCUCCAGCGGAUGUUUCCAACCCCUCCUUCGCUAGAACAGCACCCGGCUUUCUCUCCAAUCACACCCCAUCGGGACACCCCGAGUCUGGAGCCCCCAGCGCCCAGCGGAGUGGCGGACCACCUACCCUCCUUGGCUGCUUUCCAGCUUGCUGAAUGUAGGAUGGAGAUGGAGGAGAGUGUGGCCAGUCCAGGGCAAGAUGAUAUCAAACCACAGAUAAGUUCCUCCAUGUUUGCUCCUUUAUCCUGCCUUCCCAGCCAGAAUCUGCCACCCUUGAAGAUUCCCGAUCAGUGUUAUUACCGACCAUCCUGGGCAGUUUUACCCAAAAUGGAACAUUUCACCACCGUCAUGCAUCCUCGCAAUGUUUUUUCCAAGGAUGGAUACACAAACAUUCCCAGUGUCAACGCCCUCACCGACCAAGACUACGGCCAGAUGAGCGGUACGACCGCCUCCGUGAGCACCACCAUCCUCCCUUCUCCCGCCAUGCCCCAAUUUUCUGUGCCCACCCCACGGACUCCCCGUACGCCCAGAGGGAUUAACGCUGCGAGCUCAGGGCAGGGUUCAGUGAAGCAGGACGGCACUGAGCUCAGCUCACCAGUUUCUACCCCGUCCACCAGCCUACCCCUCAGCUCUGUGGAGCCCCUAGCCCGGCCGGGGCCCUCUUUGCCUGAGGCCCACAGCCUGUACGUGGUCCUCCUGCUCUCAGACUCUGUCCUUAGCGUAUUCAAGGACCGAAACUUUGACAGCUGCUGCAUCUGUGCCUGCAAUAUGAAUGUCAAAGGGGCAGACGUGGGGGUGUACAUCCCGGAUUCCACCUGUGAGGAUCAAUACCGCUGCAUGUGCGGCUUCAGCGCCAUCAUCAACAGGCGGCUGGCUCACGGUACGGGCCUUUUCCUGGAAGACGAGCUGGAUAUAUUUGGCCGGACGUCUGAAGUGGGCCAAGCCGCCCAGAGGAGGCUGGCUUUAUGUCGGCGGGACCCAAUCAUGGGGGACUCCAGAGCCAAGCAGCCUCAGGAUGCUACCCCCGCCUCUCCAUCCGUCAUGAUCGUUCUGCAGGAGCAGUGCUCGCAUCCCAUUUCCUCUCUGGCAUCGCUUCACCUGCCUCUCAGCUGCUCUUGCCACGGACGCAAGGGGGCACUUCUCCAAAGUUGGAUGUCUGAAAAGCAGUGGGCGGAUGAGAGUGACGCCUGUGUGGAGUGUUACAAUGCUUUGAUGCAGGGGCUGCAGUAUGUGGACAACCCCACAGGGGGGAAAGUGGAUCUAGCUGUUGUCAGAAGUAGUGCUCUUCAUUCCUGGCCACACACUAACGUGGUGGAUAUGAGCAUGUUGUCGUCACAGGAUAUGGUUCGUAUGCUGCUAUCUUUGCAGCCUUUCCUGCAGGACGCCAUCCAGAAGAAGCGAACAGGCCGGACCUGGGAAAACAUCCAGCACGUUCAGGGUCCGCUGACCUGGCAGCAGUUUCACAAGAUGGCUGGAAGAGGCUCUUAUGGUUCAGAGGAGUCUCCGGAGCCUCUGCCCAUUCCUACAGUGUUGGUAGGCUACGACCGGGAGCGGGACUUCUUGGCGUUGUCUCCUUUGGCGUUACCUUUUUGGGAGAAGCUUCUGCUGGAACCAUACGGAGGCCAGCGUGAUGUUGCCUACAUUGUGCUUUGCCCUAAUAGCCCCUCCCUGCUGACUGCUGCGCGGUCCUUCUUUCUGGAGCUCAGUGCUGUUUACGAGACAUGCCGGCUUGGGAAGCACCGCCCUCUAGCGAAGGUGUCCAGAGAUGGUCUUCUUCAGGUUGGGGAUGACGUGGAGCCAGAAAAGCUGGAGGACUUGGAUGUUGACCGCUGGUUAACUGGACCCUGGGCUGGCCAGCAGCACACUGACAACCUCAUCAAACUUAAACUCUAUGCUUACACCUGCAAAAAACAACUAGGUCCGCAGUUGUCAGGCCUGACUUUGGACAGCAGUCUUUUGUUGCCCCCCAAAGCCCAGCCUCACAUGAACAACUCCUCCCCGGCUCAGUCUGCAUCUUCAGGACAGCCUCAAAGUUGGCCUGCUGAUGGAGAGCAGGUUCCAGGUGCUGUGAAUGCACCCAAUGCUUCCACCCCGACAGGAGCCUCCGGCCUGACCGGGGAGGCCACCCAACCCGGAUCCAGCAGCUCUAAAGGGCUCCCUUCUGCCACACCGUCAGCCAACAUGACCGCAGAGCAUCCUGAAAUCUCCUCUGAUCAGUCGAGAAUCGGCAUUCCUACGCUGGCUGACUCAGUAGACAGCCAUGUUAACCCCCCAGCUGUCGUCGUUUACAUCGUGGAUGCCUUCCUCAGCUCAGCUACGACGAGAAUCGACGGAGGAGAGGAAGAAGAAGGGGAAGAGGUGGAAUUGAGUAGUGUCUGGCUGCUGGGGCUUCUUCGCUGCUACACAGAGAUGCUGCAGACUCUACCGGAGAAGAUUAGACCAGCAGUGGUGCUUCAGGUUGUGCCCUGUCAGAAUCUUCUGCAGCCAGCCAGUGGAGAGAGCCAUUUGUACAUGCAGCACCUGCGCUCUCUGGCCUUCUCUUGUUACUCUCAGAGCAGACGACUUCUCCGUCAGCAAACGCAUAUCAAGUCCCUCACCGGUUUUGGCCCAGUGUCCUCUGUUGGUUCAGUGCUUAAGAGUCCAGAACACCCCAGCCCAUUACAACUUUACUCUCCGCCAUUUAUUCUUGGCCCAAAUCGGCCCAAGCAGCCAGAACCAGGAGAGGUGUGGGCAGAACUCCCUCCCAAAUAUAACGUGCUCUUUGUUGGAUAUUGCCUAUCACACGACCAGCGCUGGAUCCUGGUUUCCUGUACGGAUCAGCAGGGAGAGCUUUUGGAGACCUGCAUCAUCAACAUCGAUGUUCCCAACAGAACAAGACGUCCAAAAGUAUCACCUCGAAAGAUGGGACUGCAGAAGCUGUGGGACUGGUGUAUUGGUAUCAUUCAGAUGACCUCUCAACCCUGGAGAAUUGUCAUCGGCCGCCUUGGCAGACUCGGUCACGGAGAGCUGAAAGACUGGAGUUCUCUCCUUGGAGAACAUUCGCUGCAUUCGAUUGGACGUCAGCUGAGGGAAGCUUGCCGAAUGUGUGGGAUCUCUGCCGCCGACUCCCCGUCUAUCCUCAGCGCAUGUCUGGUAGCCAUGGAGCCACAAGGUUCUUUUGUGAUCAUGCCUGACGCCGUGACCAUGGGCUCUGUGUUUGGACGCAGUACCGCCUUGAACCUGCAGACGUCGCAGCUAAACACGCCCCAAGAUGCUUCCUGUACACACAUUUUAGUCUUCCCGACUUCUGCCACCACGCAGCUGGCAGCCAGCUCCUACCCAACAGAGGACAAUAACGACGACAUGUUUGACCUCCCCUUCCCCGAUGAGCUGGAGAACGACAUUGGCCACGACAUGAUGCUGAUCACAGGAAACCUGCACUCUUCCCCCAACCCGUCGCCGGUGCCGUCGCCUGGCUCGCUGGAGAUGGGAUCGCAUUUCCAGCACACCAGGAGCCAAGGGGAGCGCCUCCUGUCCAGGGACAAUCCUCCAGAGGAGCUGAAGCAGCAGCCGCUGGCUCUAGGUUACUAUGUCUCCACCGCACAGGCAAAUGGGAUUCCUCAUUGGUUCUGGGCCUCCUGCCCACAAGCUGAAAGCCAGUGCCCACUUUUCCUUAAGGCCUCUCUCCACCACCACAUUUCCAUAGCGCAGUCGGAUGAGAUGGUGUCUGAUAAAACUAAAAGGGCUCCUCACCCCUUAGACUCAAAGACCACCUCUGAUGUGCUCAGGUUUGUGUUGGAGCAGUACAACGCCCUCUCUUGGCUGACGUGUACUCCUGCAACCCAAGACCGCCAGUCCUGCCUGCCUGUGCACUUGGCUGUGCUGAUCCAGAUGUACAAUGCCAUACUGAACAUGCUUUAGCCGUGCGGGUCGACGGUAACCUGCAGCUUGCCUGUGCCUCUUUCAGCCACCAGAGAGCAGCAGAGCUCUUCUCCUGUUUUCCAGCAGACAUUUAAAAACUGAAACACAAUAAAUUCAAAGUGUGAAGCGGACCGUUUCCACAUCAGGAGGACCUCGGAGCAGCUUGUACAGUUUGAUAAAGUGGAGAAACAUCCUUCAAUUUACCAAGAGCGGCUCCUCUACGCAUCUGUGAAUGACAUCAAUGGAGACUUUUUGUGACACCUGUGAAAAAGGGGGACAUCCCCACAAGUCUGCAUGAAACACAAACACGGGAGUUUUUGUCUUGAACCGCACUGUCGAGCUUCUGGGAACAUUGAGCUGGUCGCUGAACCCUUUGUUUCUUUCUAAAGAGGGACACAUUUGAUAAUGGCACUUUUUACUUAACUUCCAAAGUGUUGUAGAUAUGAACACGAUGGAAACUUUUUGACCAGAGAUGUGUUGUUUAUAAUGUAAUGCAUUCAUUUGCAAAGACUUAUUUUUUAAUAUUUAAAACCAUAAAAAGGAGAAACACAGCCUUUAUUCCCAACUAAAUGUCUUGGGAUCUUGGGAAAUAAAAAAAAUGUCGAUUUAAUGCAAUUGUAAAAAAAUGCCAUAUUUAUACAAAGUAUAUCACAUCAUAGAAUUUGAUAUAUAUGAAUAUAAAUAUAUGUAAAUGUAUAAAUGAAUCUUACCUCUUCCAAGCAGGCACUUAUGUGGGGAUGGGCACAGUUGUCUUUUUAGAAGUGGGCGCAGUAUGAACAUUUAUCAAAGAGGAUUCACUUUUGUUUUGUUUUCUACACAUACCGAAAAUUUUACAUUUUUUAUUUAAUGACUAACUUAAAAUGAAGCAGGAAAUACAGUAUAAUGUAUAUUUAUAAUGUAUUCCUAUACUGAAAAAAGAAAAACUUGAAAGAGACAAUUAAAAACCACGCUGUUUCCAGAUAUAUUUAAGAAUGACGCUUUAUUUCAUUGGCUUUCCUAAGUGAUGUCAAGAAACCCAUUAGAAAGGCCUGUUUCUUGAACCUCCUAACUGCUCUUUGUUGAAGUUCUGGCAUGUUUGUACAUACAAUUUUGCAAUGUGUUUCUUUUUUUGUUUGUUUUUUAGUAGAGCUGUACAUUUUAUGCUGGUUGGUUUAUUUUAAAUUAUACAAUUUUAUGUUUGAUUUGUUUGCUUAAGCUUUUUUUUGUUUUUUUUUUACAUAUGAGAAACAUUAUAAAGUGCAAACACAUAUAAUUCCAGCUAAGAGAUUCUGUUGUGAAGUAAACACAAAUGUACAGACAAGUGCAAAAAUUUGUUACAUCUUUCAUCACUUUGAAUAUUAAGCAGAUCCACUUUAGUGGGAGUGAUCUGUUACUUUUACACUCUUUUUUUAGUAAAUUAUUAAAACUCUUUAAAAUGAUGUGGUGGUCUGUGUUUUAAUGUGCGGUUGGAGACAGUAUAACCUUUUUUUCUGAAACUUUUCUUUAUUGACGAGAAACAGUUUCUCCAAAUCAAGAUAAUUUUUACGGAGCCCCUAAAGGGACAUCGGGAAAAAAAAAAUUUAAGUUA